UCGUUCAAUUGUCAAUCGCAGAACGAGUUUUUCUUAGAGGGCAACUCAUCAGGACGAAACUUGUAAACAUUCCCAACGCAAAAUAAUUUUGUGCGAAACAGUUCAAAUUUUCUUCGCUAAAUCAUGUAAAUCUUGUUUGUGUAACGUUUGCCCUCUUGUUGGAAAAUAAACCAAUUUGUGAGAUGGAUCAAUCCGUUCGGCAAGGAGUGCUGAACGCCACCAGUUAUUCGCUAGGUGACUAUUCCCAUUCAAGUCACAAUGCUUUCGAUGAUAGCGAAAUUUGCGACGAAAGUGUCCUCCAGCUGUUGGACAAACCGUUUUCCCAGCUGGUGGAUGGGAUGCAGCUCCGGAAGAAUGACCGUUACGAGGGAUUUGACAACAAUGUCGGCAGUAGCUGGAUCUAUCCGACUAACUAUCCUGUUCGCAAAUAUCAGUUCUCGAUUACACAGGCGGCGUUGUUCAAAAAUUCUCUGGUAGUCCUACCGACCGGGCUGGGAAAAACCUUCAUAGCGGCUGUAGUUAUGUACAAUAUCUAUCGGUGGUAUCCCAGAGGAAAGGUCAUCUUUAUGGCACCUACAAGGCCUCUAGUUACUCAACAGAUAGAGGCUUGCUACAAGAUAAUGGGUAUUCCGAAAACGGACACUGCGGAGAUGACGGGUCGACAGCAGAAAAAGAAUCGCACCGGUUUGUGGCAAGAGAAGCGGGUCUUCUUUGUUACACCGCAGGUUGUUCAAGCGGAUCUCAACAACCCGGAGCAAAAUUUCCCAACCGACAGUGUCAAGUUAAUUGUUAUUGACGAAGCUCAUAAAGCCAAAGGACGCUAUGCGUAUACUGAGGUGAUCAGAACAAUUUCGGCCACCAACCGGAACUUUCGUAUUCUGGCACUCUCGGCAACUCCCGGUCGUACACUUGAAGACGUAGCGGAGGUAAUUAGAAAUCUCCUAAUCGCUCAUAUCGAGGUUCGCUGGGAUAACUCGAUCGACGUGUCACCAUACACGUUCAAAAAGAACAUUCGAACGAUCGUAAUCCCGUUGGGACCGACACUGACGAAAAUAAGAGACGACUACAUUUGCAUUGUGGACCCGUACGUCCGACGGUUGCUAGAUGCAAAUGUUAUCUCCGGUCACAGUGGGUCACUAAGUCGUGGGUGGUUACUAAUGGAACAAAAACGAUUCCACGAAGCCUGCCUUAUCAACAAACACCCGAACUACUCCAGUAUCAAUUCGGAUUUUAGUACCUGUGUUAGCUUGUACUGUGCAUUGGAGCUACUGCUUCGACACGGAACUCGAGCAUUUCUGAACUUCUUCGAAGAUGAUAGUAGCAAUAGUAAUAGCAAGAAUGAGAAAUACUUUGUAAUGAAGGAUCUACGUUUGAAGGCUUUUCUGAACGAACUCAGGGAAGUGUACGGACGAAACCCACUGGCAAUUUGCAACAAUACCGGUACGAUGCCGAACGGGACUGUUCCGAAAUUGGCUACCGAUGAGCCUAUUGAUUUUGGACAUCCGAAGUUUGCUAUUUUGGAGAGAAACUUGAAGGAACAUUUUCAGAACAAUCCAGACUCGAAAGUGAUUAUCUUCUGUGAGUUUCGCGAUUCGGUUGCCAUGAUUCACCGAUUAUUGCUGCAAAAUAGGCCGACUAUCAGACCGAAGUGUAUCGUUGGUCAAGGUGGUACCAGCGGUGGUUUGCGGGCGGUGACACAAAAAGAGCAGAUCGCGGCCAUGAAAGAUUUUCGGUCGGGUUUGUGCAACACACUGAUCGCUACCUGUGUGGCCGAAGAGGGCAUCGAUGUCGGCGAGGUCGAUCUGAUUAUUUGUUUCGACAUUGCGAGAAAUCCCACCCGGUUCGUACAACGGAUCGGUCGCACCGGCAGACAACGGGUUGGCCGAGUUCUGAUGUUGGUGACGGAAGGAAAGGAACACGAAACGUUGAAGGAGGUGUUAGCGUCGAAGGAUAAAAUCAAUCAGAAACUAUCCAGAAGCAAGGAGAUCCUGCGUUUGUUGUAUAAACAGUCCCCUCGGUUAGUGCCACCGGAGUUUGAGCCGAAGUGUGUGGAGACUUGGAUUAAAGUUCCGGAAGAAAGCACUGAUGCCGCGAAUGUUGCUCAAACGAGGCGAGGAAAAAAGCGUGCUUCAAUUUUAGAAUCAGAAGGAGAAUCACGCGAAACAGAAACAACUUCUAGUUCUAAAAAGAAGCGAAAAAAACAGGACAAUAUUCGAGGAACCCAAGAUGUGAGAAAUUUUUUCCGCAAAACUAACACGGAUUUGGAUGUCACAGACAGAGACAUAUUCUCAAGUCCUCAGAAGAAGGAUACCUCAGCAGAUUCGACCAUUAAUUCCAACGGAAGCUUCAAGGUUCCGGUAGACACUUCGAUCCGGUUGGGGAAAACAGAACAAGAACAACAAUUGGAGAAAUUAAUGAAACCCUUACUGCGGUACAGAGCGAAAUUGGAACGGGAGAAGUACAUCAAUGACAAGAAGCUGAUCGAACUGCGAAAUGAAAAGGUUCACAACUCGAUUUUAUGUCCGAAUCCUUUGAAGAAAUUUUUUCUAGAAAGUGAUGUGAGCUAUCUGAAAACCUUGGUGGAAAAAACUGACAUCCUCGAAGUAGCCAUGGAAGGAGGCGAAGAUGAUGAUAUAAUCAUUCUGGAUGACAAAGGUGAUUGUCUGAAAUCGGAGAUGCGUGUCGCGGAGAGCAUUUUCGGUGGUAGAUCUUCUCUGAAAGAACGCAUUAAAGAUAUCGAUGCUUACCAAACCUUCACCAAUCGGAGUAACAAUCAAAUUGUUAGUAAACAGUUUCAAGGUGAGAUCAGCGAUGAUCAGGUUUCGAAAUACAACGAGUUGUUUGCCCGAUUUUCUACCCACAUUGGAAGCAAGAAUAACUUGGAUAAACAAUCCGAGAAUAAAACCUGUAAUCCAUCACCUUCAGCUCAGUUCCCGGAUGACCUAAGUACAAGCAAUCUGUUUGAUUCUCAGUUCUAUCUUCCAACAUUGAUAGAACCCGAUGAAUCUAACUAUCAACCACUGGUCCCAGAAUUACCCCCUGAACCACCGCCGACGUGUGAAGACGAAGCGACGCCCAUAAAUCGAAACAAAUCCAAAUCUCGCGUUGCUGAGCUGAUUCGAAACAGUAAGCGAACACCGCCAAACAUGGCCAACAGUCCUCUACUGAGAGCAUUCAAUCGCUCUGUACAGAAAGCUAGAAACUCGGACAGCACCGCCUCUCCCGUGUCCAAUCGGUCGACCAACCUAAGCUUCCGAAUGGUACUGGAAUAUUUCGGACUCAGUCGAUUGGAUCAGAUAUUCGAGGAAGACACCAGCUUCCUUAAUCGUCUAGAUGCUGUCCAGCCGGAGCCAUGCGAUAGCACUACGACGGAGCACAUCACUGAACUAAGCAGGAGUUUAUUUGAUUGCAAAGAGCUGGAGUUGGAAGCACAGGAAGCUGCUUUCCUGGCGGCGGAAAUCGAGGAUCCUGAAGAUUUCGAUAAGGAGGAAGCUAUUGAAAUCACACCGAAAAAGUCUCCACCGGGCGAAAUUCCAAUGGAAGACUUUCUAAAUGGUUUUUCAGAUGACGAGUCUCCUGUGAAGGCGACUCUUGCUGCUAGAAACGAAACUGUGGACACCGUGACCACUCAAAACAGUGACGUUGCUCGCAAAAGAGAGUUGAAUUUGGACAUUGAGGGUUGCCUCGAAGAUUUGAUGGAUGGUCCUGAAAGUGACGAAAUCAUUCCAAACUCCCAAGAAAUCCAGGUCACGCUUUCCAAUCCAUCUCAGAAAAAUUUGGAUAUUGGAAACUUGGAGGAUCUGUUUGCCGAGAGUGAUGAUGAUUUGUUUGGUGAAAAUCAAAGUUCUCAGAAAUUAACUCCUGCUCCUGCUGAAUUGGUUAACAUCAAACAAGACAGUCAGGGCUCACAGAAAGAAAACGAACCAAUCGCAGUUAACCGAUUACAGCAGCAACCUUGGAAAGAAAUGCUUCCGGUGACACCGACCUCGUCCGGUAAACACCAACAUUCACCAGAAUGCGAGGAAAAAUCACCUUCAAUGAUGCGAAAGAAACUUAAUUUUACCCGUUUACGUCUUGCGAAAGUUAAUAACGCCCACCACAGUUUGGAAGUGAAUUCAGCUCCCGUGUCGCGAGUCUUGUCAAAUGGAUUGAUACAAUCGGCGUACUUUGCUUCCUGUCGACCAGUCGACGAAAAUGGUUCAUCCACGAAUGCUGCUGUUCCGUCUGAUUGCUUCCGACAAAAGCUCGAACGAAGAUCUAGCCUAUAUCGGAGUAACGUUUCGACCGACGCCGCUUUACCAACCGACAACAGCUCGGUGAUUGUGCCGAGGACGAAACGAAAGGCAAUCGUCAGUAGUAGUGAUUCCGAGCAAGAGAUGCCCUCACGGGAAAGUGACGAAGAAGAUAUCUUUCAAACGGCACGAUCGAACAUAAAAUCAUCAACUGAAACGAAACCCGCAUCCUCGCUUUGUGAUCCACCCCAUCGAAAGCGGCGCCGGAAACGACGUAACAAUGCAUGUGACUUUCUGCUCAGUCAAGCUGAUGUGUCCAACGACGACGACGACGGAGGGGAGGACCAUGACGAUGACCAUGACAACAAUGGUGUGCUGUCGCAGUUAAUCGAUGAUUCCAUUAUUCAUCAUGGGCCGGUUGAGGAGGAUGCAGUCGAUAUGCGAGCAAAAUAUUUGCAAUCUAUAAGAAGUCCAGUCCGGCGAGGUGGAUUCAAAAUACCGGCUGCCCCCGCGCGUCAAUUGAACAUCUCGGACAUUUACUCCCAGGUGCCAUAUCAACACGACGAGGACAGGUCGCGCUACGAAGAGUGUUCGUUCAUUGUGCAUGAAGACGAUAUGGAAGACGACCGUUGUCCGGAACAGCCAGAGACGGAAUCGGAACUGGAUGAGCUGGAACGGGCGGAAGCUAUUCUGCGGGAGCGUCGUCGUGCCAAACGACAACAUAAAGCUCUGCCAAAGGCAAAGCGAAGGAGAAAAAUUGUUACCAUCGGAAGCGACAGCGAUCAGAGCUCGAACGAGGGUGAUGAGCUGAAAGCACUUCGAGCGCAGAUGUGCUCGGGAUCGGAUGAUUCACUGUGAUUACACGUUACGUGAGUAGGUUCUGUGUUAGAAUGUUUCGUGUCUAUCAAAUUCUAUGUUAAAAUAUUUUUAUGUAUA